AUGAAUAAUACGUGCAAAUAUUUAUACAGAAGUAUAAUUCAAUCCUGUAAUAAAACGUUUAAUUCAGAUAUUGAAGCUAAACUACAUGUAUUAAAUGGAAUAAAAAAUAUUAUAAGAGAACAACUUAAACAUAAAGAUGAGAACGAAAUAAAACAACAUUUAAUUGAUGCUAACACGUUUAUUAAAGAGAAUAUUAUUCAAGCUGUUUAUAAUAAUUCUACAGGAAAUUAUAAAGUUCAAAUAAAAGAAGAACAAGUGAAAAAAGGAACAAUUACAUUAGGUACCAAAAUUGAAAAAGAUUUUCCAUAA